AGCUACUUAGCCCGCUACGUCUCUCAUUUUCCGUUUGGGUGUAUUCGCUGUUUCUUCUCUCUUCGCCAGCGUUCACUGGAUCGUUCGGCUUCUAUAAGGUACAUUCCCACUCUCUGCCUCUCGCUGCACCAGCUCUCAGUUCUUCUUGUGGCACCGCACUCCCUCCUCCAGACGCCCUCACCAUGGUCGACAAAAUAUCCUCCCUCGGCAAAAUGUUGCUGCGCCGCCGCAUUCUAAACUGCGCCGAAGAGGAGACCCCGUUCUCCCGCUGCCUCUCCACGCUGGACCUCAUUGCCCUGGGCGUGGGCUCCACGCUGGGGGCCGGGGUGUACGUGCUCGCCGGUGAGGUGGCCCGUGAGAAGGCCGGCCCCGCCAUCGUGCUCUGCUUCUUCAUCGCUGCCCUCUCGUCCGUGCUCGCCGGCCUGUGCUACGCCGAGUUCGGCGCCCGCGUGCCCAAGACGGGCUCGGCCUACCUCUACAGCUAUGUGACGGUGGGCGAGAUCUGGGCCUUCAUCACGGGCUGGAACCUCAUCCUUUCUUAUGUCAUCGGUACAGCCAGUGUGGCCCGGGCAUGGAGUUCCACCUUUGAUAACCUGGUGGAGCAGAAGAUCUCCAGCUUCUUCAAGGCCUCCAUGUCCAUGAAGGUCUCCGGGAAAGUGCUGGCUGAAUACCCGGACCUCUUCGCUCUCAUCCUGGUCCUGUUGCUUACUGGUUUGCUGGCGUUCGGCGUGAGUGAGUCGGCGCUGGUGAACAAGAUCUUCACGGGGGUCAACCUGGUGGUGCUGGGCUUUGUCAUUAUCUCUGGCUUUGUGAAGGGAGACGCCAGCAACUGGAACCUCACUACAGAGGACUUCAUUAACAUGACCAACAUCACUGAUCCGAAAGCCAUAGAGAAGCAGUUUGGAAGUGGCGGUUUCGCUCCGUUCGGGUUCAGCGGGAUCCUGUCAGGCGCUGCCACUUGCUUCUACGCUUUCGUGGGCUUUGACUGCAUUGCCACCACAAGCGAGGAGGCGAAGAACCCCAUGCGCUCCAUCCCCAUUGGCAUCGUGGCCUCGCUGCUCAUCUGCUUCUUCGCCUACUUCGGCGUGUCGGCCGCCCUCACGCUCAUGAUGCCGUACUACAGCUUGAAUACCCAGAGCCCGCUGCCCGAGGCCUUCAGCUAUGUGGGCUGGGGUCCGGCCCGCUACAUCGUGGCUGUGGGCUCGCUCUGCGCGCUCUCCACCAGUCUGCUGGGCUCCAUGUUCCCCAUGCCCCGGGUCAUCUACGCCAUGGCGGAGGACGGCCUGCUUUUCCGCUUCCUGUCGCGCGUGAACGAGAAGACCAAGACGCCUCUGCUGGCCACCAUCGCAUCCGGCUGUGUGGCAGCGCUGAUGGCUUUCCUCUUUGAUCUUGCUGCACUGGUGGACCUGAUGUCAAUUGGUACCCUGCUGGCCUACUCUCUGGUAGCUGUGUGUGUGCUUAUCCUAAGGUACCAGCCGGGCAGCCUCAAUUCAGCCAGUCAGAGUGAGAAGCUGAUGGAGCUGGGGGAAAAGGCGGCCAUGACGGGGGGCGACAGCGGGGAUGAGGACAGCCCGGGGAUGGAGACCCGGCCCCUGAAGGAGAGGUUCUGCUGGAGGCUUCUGUUGAUACCCAGCUGUGACUCCCCCACCAAGACUUCCGGCACCAUCGUCUACAUCACCACUGCGAUCAUCUCAACGCUCUUCACGCUGCUGUGCGUGGUGCUGGCGGUGUGGUCGGCGGAGGUGGUCGAGGGCCGGCCCGUGUGGGUGACCGUGUGCGUGCUCCUCGCCCUCUUCUCCUUCCUCUGCAUAGUGGUCAUCUGGAGGCAGCCUGAGAGCAAGGAGGCGCUCACCUUCAAGGUACCUCUGCUCCCUGUGCUGCCCCUGGUGAGCAUUUUUGUCAAUGUCUACCUCAUGAUGCAGCUGGACCUGGCUACCUGGUGUCGCUUCGCUGUGUGGAUGGGCAUCGGCUUCCUGAUCUAUUUCGCCUAUGGGAUAUGGAACAGCACUGAGGGUGGCAGCAGCUCUUCCCAAAAGUAUGAGCCUGCCCUCCGAGCAAAGAGCCCUAUCUACCUCGGUGAGGACGAGAGUGAGGUGGAAGGCAUCACCCCUUGAGAUGAGGGGUUUGGGAGGAGGGAGCACCCCCCCUCCCCGCCUUCCAUCUGAUACACUCCCACAGACAUCCUGUAUCUUGAAGACUUGAGAGUUCGACAGGGCUGCUUCUCUGCAUUCUCUGAUUGUGUACUUCAUUUUGGGCACUCCAAAGGCUGAUUUUAAAAUCCUUCAAGUAUUUAAAAAGAAUAUUAAUUAAAGCAAUACCAAAAUGUAUUUAUUAAUGGUGCAGUUGUGCUGGUGCCCAGGUUUGAUGGUCCAGGUGGGAGCAGGGGGCCUCGGCCUUUGGGUUCUAAGUCAGUAGUCGGAAGCACUGCUGGAGCUGGCAGCUGUGUGGCUCAGCCCCCGUUGCCUACAGGGUAUCCUUGUUCCUGUGAGUGUACAAUCAGUGUUUCCCCCUCGCCCACGUAUUGGAACGCACAAGCACACUGUCUGGCUGUACCAAGGAGACGGUCUGAAGGACCAGAUUCCCUCUCGGUUCUCUGUGCUUCGUGCAGUAAGAUGUGUGCUGCUUGCUCGAGGGACUUUCCAGUUUUGCCCCUGUUGAAAUGUGUUCCUUAUUUUUAUUAAAUGGUAAUUCAAAAAGUAGUAAGAAAAAAAAUAUCAAUUUUGUAUGACAGUGGUAUUUUUUUAAUGUUACAUUUCCUGCAAUGGCCUCUUUAUUUAUACAAAGACAUGCAUGUAUAUAUUUUUAAAUGUAUAUACAGUAUAUAUUUAUGGGAGAACUAUUGAAAACCAUUAUCAGAGACUUGCAGCAUUGGAAGCAAUGUAAUUUUGCACAGAAUGACAUCGCUUUGUAAAUUUCAUUGUGCGUCAUCUCUGCUGAUCUUGGUCGAAUAGUGGAAAGUUCAGGGUACUCUCAAAUAAGAGGUGAGAUGAAUUGGCUAUUUUUGUAAGGUUAUCCACUCAAAGAUCUAAUUUGCUGGAUCAUGUUGCUCAAAUGUAUGUUACAUUGUUUAUGUGUGGGGGAAGCUUUUGGGAGAUUCUGGGUUUGUCUGAAGAGGACAGGGAGGGUAAGCCAGAGGGAGCAUGGUGUGUCCUAUUGUAAAGUGCAUUUCUUUAUAAAUAUGUACAGCUUUCAUUAAAUAUUUUGAGAUGUAGCUAUAAAGACUUGAUAGCUGUAGAUAUACUACACAGUUAACUCUCUGUAUAUAUACAUACCCAUCUGUUAAACUAAUGUUGUUACAUGUUUUCCUAAUGAAGCAGACUCUGUAGGAGUUGCACACAAAGAGCUAGAUGCCAGGUUUUACUGUUAGAAAGGUAUCCCAGCACUGCUGUUUUAGCGUUGAUAGGAAAGCCAUCAACUGAUCUAUGAAAAAGCUGAAGGAUUUGUAUCAUUGCUGACUCAUGCGUUACCUUUAGGCAUGAACAUCUGUGAUAAUGACUAGUCAUUGCACAGGCUAUUUUUUUAGUUUCCAUUGAAACGUACUGUACGUGGCACCUUAUUGAGGGCGACAGUAGUUUUUAAUGUGCUUUUGACUUCUAGAGAACUGUUUACUUCAGUGGUUUACUGCUGGUGUUCUGUUAGAGGAAGGAUAUAAUGCUGUGGUAUUGUGUUCUUUUUUUUUUCCCCGAGACAUACAAUAACCUCCGGAGGUUUUUGAAAUGGCUUGCUGAGUGAACAGCUGGCAUUUUUUGCACCUUUGGUGAGCGUGGCCGAGAGACUUAAUUGGAGUCAGAUGAGAUCUAACAGUUUUUGGGGGUGGGGUGGGGGGUGGUUGGAGGGCAGGCUAAUCAUCUCUGCCUUUCUCGGAAAUGGAUGUGCGUUUAAACAGGACUCAGGAAGAAAAAAUGCAGUUUCUCCCUGACAUUCAGUAAAGGCUUAUCUGGACCUCCCAGCAACAAACCACGCUAAGAUUAGUAUGAGCAUGUGACUAUUUGUGUGGUAUGUGUCCACACGUCUUAUUUUUCCCGACAAUGCAAUUGGGAGUGAAGGAAAGGAGAUGAGUGGGAACAGUAACAGCCUUUCAUAAGAGACUCAUUUAACAUGGUUAAACUUGGAUUCUCAGCAAUUUAGUGUGGGGGAGGACACUAGAGUACUUAAGAAUGUGUGGUGUAAUUAACAUUUUGCUCCCUGAACUAUUAGUAAAUGUACAUAGUGUGUACAGUGGUGUUUUUAUUUUUAUAAUAUGUUAUACAGUGUUUAUAAUAUAUUAUUUUUCAUUUGGGCGGCUAAUUUGUGCGGUAGGGUGCAUUUUUAUGUGUGUGCAUUGUACCUAUGUGUGUUACUGUCAAGCAUAAAAGGUCCGAUGUUUGUAGGCACAAUUCGAUUUCUUUUCAGUUUGACCUUCCUCUGCAGUAAUUUUACAGCCUCUCAUUUUGUCAUCAGCUCAAUGGCCAGUUCUGUGCUACAUUAACUUUGGCUCACCAGUCGUAUACUGCUGUGGUUACGUAGCCAUUCUUUCUUUCAUGUAACUCAUUUUCAUUUACUGUAAAUA